CGUGGCAUUUUCUAAUUUACCUAACGAUCCCUGCAAUGGCGCUUCUGCCAUUUCAGUGAGCUGUGGAUGGACUGAGUUUGUCUCCACUGAUUGGAAUCAUGAGCGGUGAAAAGUUGGUGAAAGAUUUGAGCUACGAAGCUCAUUUUCUAAUAUAUAAACUUCUGUUACCACCGGCUCCUGGAAGAGAUUGGAAGACUUUGGCUGACAAGAUGGGUUAUACACAGGAAACAAUCUUGUAUUACGAAUGUUUGAAUAACCCUGUGAAAGAGUUGAUUUCUGAUUAUGAGAGCAAGGGAAAGCCCAUCUCAGAGUUGUUAACGUUUCUAGAAGAAAUGGAGAGGAUCGAUUUGGUUACAGACCUCGAAAAAUACGUAGAGGAGACACCCACUCGAGAAGAGGUAGAGCAAAGGAAAAGGCUGGAAUUCGAGAAGAUGCAAGGACAAGCUGCGGAAAAGCCUAAAACCAUGUCUGACAGAUAUGAUGUGUUUAUCGCAUAUGCCCAACCUGACAGACCAUUUGCUGAUGAACUUGUCAAGAAACUGGAGGGACCACCCUAUAACUUAAAAGUUUGUAUUGAUUACCGGGAUUUUUUGCGUGGCAAUGAUCCUUCAGCAGCUGCGGCCCAGGCCAUUGAGAAAUACUGCAGAAAAGUCUUGCUUAUCUUGUCAGAGAACUUUAACAGAUGUGAAAGAGCUGAUUUCCAAGCCAACGUUGCGCUAAGCUUGUCAGCAGAUGUCAGGCACACCAAUCUGAUACCAAUUUUGUACAAACCUUGUGAAAUACCAACAAUUUUAAAGUUCAUCACACACUUGGACUACACAAGCAAAGAGGCAAGACAGCAUUUUUGGAAUUUGUUGACCAAGGCACUUGGUUGUAGCAAUGGAUGUGCAUACAAUGGAAAAAAGUGAUGGGCUAAUAUGCUUUUGAAACUGUAAUUACUGACUUUGCUCUCGACCUCAUUUGACUCUGGUUUAAGGAUGCCAAGUCUUCAAAAGAAAAUCUAUAUGGUGAUAACAUAUGGAGUUAAUGAUAAAUAUUUUUGACAAAGUAUUUUAUCUGAUCUCAGUUAAAAUGUGCAGGUAGUUUCAUAGUUUGAUAAGAAUUUGUUACAUGGCUAAUGUUUAUAAAGUACCUGAUAUCUGUUCAUCAUGCUGUAAUUGUGAAAGAAAUGUCCUGUGCUCAUGGCCAGAUGAAAAAAUAUCUUUCACUAUCUCUUUACUGCAUCCAAAAUUAACCACCUCUCUUAUUCUCAUAUGGUUAUUUAAUGACCUUUAACAGGUAUCUGUAGAUGUUAUAAUGAUUCUUGAUGAUGUUACCAUUUCCUAUAUGUAUAUGAAGAAUUGUAAAUAGGAUUCAAACCCUCUACAGAGAAUGAAGCCAGAAACAUUUUCAGUAAAAUGUGUUUAGAGUUUGAAAUAAUCCUUUAACUGGAAAAAGUUUCAGUCUGUGUGGAAAUUUUAGGAAUCAUUUUAUCAGCCACUUAGCUGUAGAAGAAAUAGGCCCUUGUUGAAGAGGCUUUGUUCAACUUAAAAAUAUAACAAAUAUGUAGAAUAUAAAAAAGUUUUCUGUCAA